AUGUCAACAUCAAAUUCUAAACCACCGCCGAAGCGUUUCCAGCAGAUCGUCAAGCUGAGACCGGAACACUACGAGGCCUACAAAGCAUGCCAUGCAAAAGUCUGGCCCGAAGUCCUGGAGCAGAUCCGACAAUGCCACAUGGAGGACUACUCGAUAUCCUACGACGGGACGAGUCAUAUUUUGUUCGCGAGCUUUAAAUGGACGGGCGAAGAUUUCGAGGCAGAUAUGAAAGCGAUGAGAGAGAAUGAGAAAGUCAGGGAGUGGUGGCGGAUGACUGAUGGUUACCAGGAGAGUGUGGCCGAAGGGGCUGUCAGUUCCGAGAAGGGGGGGGUUGAUGGCGUGCCUGGGUGGUGGAAGCCUUUGGAGGAGGUGUUCUACUUUGCUGGCUAA